UGGAUCGCAAGCAACGCAACCUUUGAAUCGCAGCGCUCUGAAAGGCACGCCCCGUACAAAUCAACGAGCCAGCAGCCCACAGCCUCCAUAUCGGCAACAGCCUCUGCAGCCUCCGUGCCAAUCUCCAUGACAGAAGCCAACACUGCCAAGCCAAAAUCCGGGACGCUGACAGGGUCCCGCUCCGUCGACCAGGCCCUGGCUGGCUUCUCGGCCGGGUUUGUAUCGACAGCGGUUCUGCAUCCGUUUGAUCUCAUCAAGACAAGAUUCCAGGUCUCCAAUCAGCAGAGGCAUACCACUCCCGGGACAGCCUCGUCGGCCGGCUCGCAGUCCUCGGGCACGCCAUACCAAAACACUCUCCAGGCCUAUCGCUAUAUCCUCAAGGACGAAGGCGGGCACCGGGCCCUCUAUCGUGGCGUUGUGGCCAACCUGGCUGGCUCGACUCUGUCCUGGGGGUUCUACUUUUUCUGGUACGACACGAUCAAAUCCGCCAUGAGGACCGAGAAGAACCAGAAGCUGAGUCCCGGGCACCACAUGCUUGCGUCUAUGGCAGCUGGCGGAAUCACAGUGUUUUUUACCAACCCGUUCUGGCUGGCAAAGACUCGCAUCUGCGCCCAGAAAGCCAGCGAUCCAGGCGCAUACAAGGGACUCUGGGACUGCCUGUCCCGGACAUAUCGACAAGAAGGAAUCCGGGGCCUGUAUCGAGGCGUCGUCCCUGCUUUGAUAGGCACAUCGCAUGGCGCUGUGCAGUUCACUGUGUACGAAGAGCUCAAAAAGGUCCGGGCAGAGCUGGUUCACGGCGACAGCUCCGACAAACUGGGAACGCUGGAGUACCUGGCGAUGGCAGCGCUAUCCAAAAUCAUGGCGACGUCGAUUACAUACCCGUAUCAAGUCGUCAAGGCUCGGAUCCAGAACCAGCGCAGCGAGAAUCCAGCCACCUCCCGGAGCGUGCUCGGAACGGUAGGGGUCAUUUGGAGGAACGAAGGCCUGCGUGGGUUCUACCGCGGGCUGGAGACGGGUCUUUUGCGGGUGCUUCCUGGCACAUGCAUCACAUUUGUUGUGUACGAAACGCUCAGCAAGGCAUUCGCCAAUACCAAAUGAGCCAUCUGCAGGAUAUGCCAUCAGUGCAGUGCAUAACAGUUUCUCGUCACUUGGCC